AUGCACCGCAGCAAGGCCGUGAAGGCCGUCACCACCAUCCAGGGCCAGCCCAUCAAGGACCUGCAGGCCGGCGACGCUUACCAGCACCUCGGAGUCCCCACGGGGCUGUACGUCAACCAGACUCCCGAGGACACCAUCAAGUCCAUGCUGCAGGACCUCGCCGCCGUCAAGGACUCCCUCUUGGCUCCUUGGCAGAAGCUCGACGCCGUGCGCACGUUCAUCCUGCCGCAGGCCCAGUUCGUGCUGCAGACCGCCCGCAUCCAGAAGACAGCCUUCCAGGACCUGGACAAGGCCAUCAAGAGCGCGGCCAAGCAGUUUCUCCAUCUGCCUGACCGAGCGAGCAACGAGAUCAUCUACAUCCCCUGCCGCCAGGGCGGAGCCAACCUCCUGCCCCUCAGCGAGCUCGCCGACGUGGGCGCCGUCCAGAAGGCCUUCAAGAUCCUCACCUCACCCGACCCGCUCGUCCGUGAAGUCGGUCUCGCUGGCGUCUCGCGUGCCGCCGCUCGCCUGAUCGGCCGUGAGCCCUCCCACGCCGAGCUGGCGGCCUACCUGUCCGGCGCCGAGUUCAGGAGCAGGCCCAACUCGUUCGCCACCGUGUGGAGCGCGGCCAGGAACGCGACGCGCCGCCUCGACAAGAAGCUGGGCGGGCUGUCCUGGUCUUGGAGCGAGACGCUGCAGCGCUUCGCCCUGGAGGUCGCCAUGCCGGGCCGCGAGCCCAACAAGACCGUCGUCGACGCCGCGUCUAGGUCGCGCGUCUCCGCCGUGCUGCGCGACGGCCUCCAGCACCACCAUCUGCGCACGCUCACGGCCAAGCCCGACCAGGGCAAGGUCUUCGACGCGUGCAGCGCCCAGCCCGCCUCCAACCACUUCCUGGCGUCCGGCCACCUGACCAGGUUCUGCGACUGGCGCUUCAUCCACCGCGCCAGGCUCGGCGUGCUGCCCCUCAACGGGGCCCUGCGCAUCCCCGGCCGGAGCCGCGCGUGCCGCCGCUGCCAGUACGCCGACGAGACGACGGCGCACGUGCUGGACCACUGCCUCGGCCAGGGCAAGUCGCGGGCCUGGAACAACCGCCACCGCUCUGUCAUCGGCCACCUCCUGGAGGCCAUGCCGGACCACGUCAGGGAGCACCUGCGCGUCGAGAGGGCAGUCCCGGGCACCGACUCCGCCUUGAAGCCCGACCUCGUUCUGCUCAACGCCGGCACCAAGUCGGCGGCCAUCAUCGACGUCACAUGCCCGUUCGAGAACCGGCGCCAGGCCCUGGCGGUGGCGAGCGAGGCCAAGAUGACCAAGUACGCCGGCCUCCAGGACGCCCUCCGCCAGCAGGGCUUCACGUGCAGCAUGGGCGUCGUCGCCGUGGGGGCCCUGGGGACGUGGGAUGCUAACAACGAGUACGCCCUCAGUCUCCUCGGCAUCCCGGCCCGCGAGCGGCGCCAACUCCGCCCCCGCAUCGUGAGUGACGUCAUUCGGUGGUCGCGCAAUAUCUACGUGGAGCACAUGUGCGGCCACCGGCAGUACUCGUCUGACGUCGUACUGCCCGAGCUAAGUUCGAACUAA